UUUUCCCUGCGUGGUGACGUAAGGUCGCGUUUACUAUUUGUAGUAGUACUACUACUAGUAGUGUAGCUAGUAGUAGCAUACACUGUGUGAGGAUGAAGACUAGGUUUAACACUCUUGACAUUAGGGCAUCGAUCACUGAGCUUAAUUCUCGUCUCGUUGGAUUAAGAGUAAUAAAUGUAUACGAUGUUGAUCACAAGACGUAUCUCAUCCGACUUGGAACUUGCGAAAGCAUUUAAAAUCACGCCGGCUUGAAAGUAUCCACCAGCUUGGCAUUGACAGGAUAGUUGAUAUGCAGUUUGGUUCUGGAGAGGCUGCGUAUCACGUUAUUUUGGAAUUAUAUGACAGGGGAAAUAUUGUGCUGACAGACUUUGAGUACACAACUCUGAACAUUCUGCGGCCUCGCACGGAUCAGGCAGAAGAUGUCAAGUUUGUUGUUCGGGAGCGAUACCCAGUUGAGUCGGCUAAACAGGCUGGUCCUGUGCCAAGCCAAGAGAGGUUGCGAGAAAUUCUUCUAUCAGCUAAGCCAGGAGAAUUAUUGAAGAAAGUUCUGAACCCACACCUACCUUGUGGUCCUGCAGUGAUUGAUCACUGUAUCAUAAAAGCAGGUUUUGUGCAAAAUGCAAAGAUUGGAAAAGACUUUGAUAUAGACUGUGAUAUUCCUCGAUUGACUGAGUUGGUGGAAGAGGCAGAGUGUAUCCUCACUGACGCUGGUUGCCAUAUGGGCACAGGCUUCAUAAUACAGAAGAAGGACAAAAUAACUAACCCAGGAGGCGGUCAACAGGAGUUACUCACGUAUUUCGAGUUUCAUCCUCAGCUAUUCAAACAACACUGCAGUGCCCCAUACAUUGAGUUUCCAACAUUUAACAAGGCAUGCGACGAAUUUUUCUCCCAGUUGGAAGGCCAGAGGCUGGAUCUAAAGGCAUUUGAGCAGGAAAAGGCUGCGAUGAAAAAGCUGGAAAAUGUGAAGCGAGAUCAUGAGAAACGACUAGAGGCACUCGGUAAGGCACAAGAGGAAGAUGACAUCAAAGGUCAGCUGAUUGAGAUGAAUCAGACCCAGGUUGAUGGUGCGAUAAAAGUUGUGAGGUCGGCCAUUGCGAAUCAGAUCGACUGGACCGAGAUAAACAGCAUCAUACAUGAAGCACAGAUGCAGGGUGACCCCAUUGCAGCCAUGAUCAAAAAGGUGAAACUGGAAAUCAACCACAUAUCGAUGCUCCUCAGAGAUCCAUUUGAUGAUGGAACAGAGGCAGACAAAGAGGCAGAGAACUACAUCAAGCCAAGAAUGGUGGACAUUGACCUGUACCUUACUGCCUAUGGAAAUGCAAGAAAAUACUAUGAUCAACGGAGAACAGCUAAACAGAAAGAGCAGAAGACCAUAGAAUCUUCUGAGAAGGCAGUAAAAUCUGCAACAAAAAAGACAAAGCAAAUGCUAAAGGAUGUUGCCAUGGUGGCGAGUAUAAACAAAGCCAGAAAAACAUACUGGUUUGAGAAGUUCUUCUGGUUCAUUAGCACUGAGAACUAUGUGGUGAUCGGUGGCAGAGACCAACAACAGAAUGAGAUUAUUGUGAAGAAGUACCUACGUCCUGGAGACAUCUACGUUCACGCCGACCUGCAUGGUGCCUCCAGCGUCAUUGUCAAGAACCCAUCUGGAGCCCCUAUUCUCCCUAAAACUCUCAAUGAGGCAGGGACAAUGGCUAUCUGCUAUAGCCUAGCAUGGGAUGCCAAAGUUGUGACCAGUGCCUGGUGGGUGUACCAUGACCAGGUGUCAAAAACCGCCCCAACUGGUGAGUACCUAACAACGGGAAGCUUUAUGGUGAGAGGGAAGAAGAACUACCUGCCACCCUCACAUCUCAUCAUGGGAUUUGGCUUCAUGUUUAAGUUGGAUGAGAGCUGUAUAGAAAAUCACAAGGGUGAGCGAAGUGCAAGAUUAGCAAAUGAGGAAUCAGUCGCUAGCACAGAGAUCAAUACAGAUGCAGACGAACCAAUCGAAAUAGUGGAGGGAAGUGAUAGUGAGAGCGAGGUAGAAGAUACGAACAGAGUGGAGUGCGAGGAAACUCUAGAAAAUGAGAGGUCAAGCAGUCAGUCUGAGUCUAACGAUGAUGAGGUAAAUGAACCAUCACCCGAUGAGCUGCAACACCGUAAUGACGUGGAGAGAAAUGACAAGUUAGGUAUAGAUGAUGAGGCUAAGCAUCCCGAGAGUUUGAGAAACACUGAUGCUAUAACUUCGGACAGUGUUGACACCGUGAGUGCGGGGGAAACGGCAGAGCAAGGAGAGGAAGAAGAAGAAGAAGAGGAAGUUGGCUUGUUUCCAGACACGAAUAUUCAGCUUCAACAUGUAAAGGGAGACAUAUUUCAGCUACAAAGGUCUGUCAGUGGAGGUAGCAUGCCAGAUGGAUCUCAUGAACAAGGUGAUGGUGCAGGAUUGCCUGCUGUUACUGAUAGCUCUAAGCAACGUCUCUCUGCAAAGCAGCGACGAGACCUCAAGAAGAAACGAACAGAAAGUAAGCCAUCUCAUGACAGUGAAACCAGAGAUGGUGGCGGAGAGGAAUCGCAGCAGAAGAGCAAAGGCCAGCAGGAGUCACAUUCACGCACAACCAAGCCACAGCAAGAGCAGCAGCAGCAGCCAAAACGAGGCAAGAAGGCAAAGCAAAAAAAGAUUAAGGAAAAGUAUGGUGACCAGGAUUCUGCUGGUCCAACUAAAGAACCGAAGAAAAAGAUCAAAGGUGGUGGAAAGAAUGAGUCCCACCAACCAAAAAAAGGACCCAACGUCAAAGUUAAACUUGCAGGCAUAAGUGGAGAGAUCAUACAUGUUGAAGAAGAGGCCAACGUCAUUGUGACUCAAGAAAAGAUACCUGUGCCGACAGAGCCUGCCACUGAGACUGAUGAGCUUGGGGAAACUACAGACCAGCCUAGUCCAGCAGAGGCGGUAGAUCUGCUUGAUUCACUCACAGGCUGUCCCCUCGCUGAUGAUAUUCUGUUGUUCGCCGUGCCAGUCUGUGCUCCCUAUUCUGCUAUGUCUAACUACAAGCACAAAGUAAAGUUGAUACCAGGAAACAACAAACGAGGAAAAGCUGCGAAAACGGCCAUUGCCAUGUUUUCCAGAGACAGGGAGACUAUGACUAGAGAAAAGGAUUUGUUCAAAGGGGUCAAGGAUGCCGAUGUAUCACGAAAUAUUCCGGGCAAAGUAAAGAUGUCAGCACCAAAUCUGCACAAGGCCAAGGGCAAGAAGUAGCUCUGUAUAGAGUGACACUUGCUACACUCACGGAAGAACAAGAAUCAUCAUUUCACACAGGAAAAUGGAUUUCUGUGAAUUUAUAUCUAUGAUGGUUAUGCAAUAGUUUUUUAAAGACAAGUUUAAUUUCGAUAUUUUUACGUUUAAAUAAUACCGUAUGAUGAUAAAUAAGGUUUUAUAUAAUUCUCGUAUCAGUACGUGCAAGUGAUUGUUAUAUUAUCGGUUUAUAGAGUUUAAGUUCUUGUCCAAGUCGUGUUAAUAACACCUAGAUUUACAUUGACACAAACUACAAUUAGAAGGUAAAUAAGCAGGAUUAAUGUACUAUAAUGGCACAGACUAUUGCAUUUGAUGCCAAAAUAAAAUGAAAUUGCUGAAGA